AUGGAGAUCUCCGACCAAUUCAAACUUGACCCCCUGUCUACCUCACGAUCGAUUCGACUAGUAGUGCUCCAAAGAAGCGCGAAGAGAGAAUCUUUUCAAGAACCUCUCAGCUGCUGCCUUGUAGAAGCGAACGUGGACUGCCCGCCCUCAUACGUUGCGCUAUCUUAUACCUGGGGCGGAGAAGAGCCGUGCGAACCGCUCACAAUACGAACCUCUGAAUCAUCCACCAAUCAAUUGUUAAUAACUCCUAACUGCGCUGCAGCACUGAGGUUGUUGCGUCGAUCCCUUCAGCGAAAAUCGAAGAACCGCCGUAGCUUGAGUGUCUGGAUAGAUGCCAUCUGCAUCGUCCAGACAUCCGACGAUGAACGCAAUGCUCAAGUGGCCAUGAUGGCCGAGAUCUACCAGCGCGCAAAAACUGUAGUCGUUUGGCUUGGAGAGGAUCAUGCACCGGCAACUUGGGGCAGUCUGGCAUGUUCGAAGCCUCUGGCCUUAUUCCCACGUCUGGGGUAUGAUCGCGGUCGUAAUGAAGGACUAAAGAGCUUAGCUGCCAGAAUAGCUCUGAAAGAAAAAGUUUGCAACAAUGAUACGCUACAUCACUUGAGACUAUCACCCUACUGGACACGGGUAUGGACGCUCCAAGAAUUCGCCCACAAGAACUCCGCCGUCCUCUGCCGUGACUCCCGACUCUUCGUCUUCUCAAGCCUUGCCCGUCUCCUCGCAGUGGCACCAAAAGAUGAGAGCGUACCAAGUCAGCAGGGCAUGGACCUACAUGUGGACCUCUACGAAUGGCAAGCAAUGGCAACGGUACGGCCGUUCCGCGCAGCAACGAACCAACUUCGUCGCGUCCUUACAAUGCAAGCCUCAGAGCCGCGAGAUAAGAUCUUUGCGCUACGGGCACUGUCCCCAGGUGUGCUCGGCAAGAUGAUGGUGGACUACCGGAAACCUGUCGGAGAGGUCUUUCGGGACGCAACGAGGCUUAUGGUUGAAGAGGAGGAUAGCUUGCGGGUACUGUACUUUUCUAACCGGAAGAAGACGACGGCCGGUGUUGCGUGGGAGACCAUGCCGUCGUGGACAGUCGACUUUGCGACUACGGAUUCCGAGGUGAGGGGGUCGUAUAAGUACUACUAUACCAGUCUUUGCGCAGCUUCUGCCGGCGCCAAGUCGUAUUUCGCGUUCUCUGGCGACGGGAGGAGACUUACUCUUCGAGGGGCACGUGUAGGGAAAGUAGGGAGUUUUGUGAGCGACAAAUUUCCUACCAAGAGCCAGUGCUCUGAGGGAAGAUGCCAUGACCAUGACAAGAUGAUGGCAGACAAAGACGAAGAGUGUGAGGAGAAGCGACCCUUUCCGCACGUCUGCGAAAGCCCGUAUUUAGAUGUACUCGGCGACUUCAUGAGGAGCGUUACGAGCACCAUCUGGGCAGGACCCAAGCUCGACGCUAUGGGCCGCAGUCUCUACGAGUUGCUGUGGUGGAUCAUCCAAGGACCAAAGAAGCGUGAAUGGUCGACAUCCAUGUCAUCAACGUCAACUUCAACAUCCACAUCAUCAUCGUCAUCUUCCAACAAGGCGGUACGAGGUAUGUCAGUCGUCUCAUCACUCGUCAAGUGGGACUCGCGGCGCGGGUGCCAGUGCCGAGUCGAACUCCGGCUAGGACGGUUAUUCUACACGCUUGACAGGAGGGCUGGAUUUGGAGUUGUUGGCGUUCGGGAGGGUGAUGACGUUUGCCUUCUCGCUGGGAUGGAUCAUCCGUUUAUAUUGCGGCCUUGUAAAGGUGAGAUCGGAAGGUAUACGAUAGUAGGACCAACGGUGUUUGCUGGUGCGAUGGGCGGCGAGAUGUGGCCGACCGAUGAGGAUGAGCUCGAGUACUUUGAGGUUGUGUAA